AUGUCGCCCGGAUGGAAAUGGGUCAGCGUUAUGUUUUGUGCGCUCAACACGCUAGGUUGCUUUUUAGCCUCGACCAUCUUCGCCGGUGCAAUUUUUCAGAUUAAAGAGCGCUUCAAUGUGUCAGAAGAAGUCUCUAUCCUGACAGUAUGCCUGUUCGUGCUCGGCUUUGCCGUUGGUUCCGUCAUCUGGGGUCCACUGUGUGAACUCUAUGGCCGUCAAACUAUUUGGCUCAGUACUCUUGGUGCCUCGAUAUUGUUUGAAGGCACAUCCAUUGCCUGCAGUGAAAAAGUGCCAGAGACAUACGGACCUUACAUCCUGCGACGCCGGGCUGCCAAGUCGAGCAAAGAGACAGGCAAGGCAUACAUCAGCAAGCUCGACGCCGGUAUCCUACCCAAGACUCUCGGCUUUACGCUGAGCACCUCCAUCGUGCGUCCCAUCGUCAUGGCGGUUUUUGAGCUAAUAUCUACAGCUAUGGCCCUGUAUACAGUCAUCGUCUACGGCAUUCUCUACCUUAUUUUUGCCGCUUUCCUUAUAGCCUUUAUUGACCCGCGUCACUGGGGCCAAGGGGUAUCUGGUUUGGCCUAUAUCGUUAUCAUGAUCGGCCAGAUAGUGAGGGUCCCAUUUUACGUGGUGCUCGAGCUGAAAUACCGCAAGACAACCGCCCGUCCCGGAAUCGUCUCAACCCCCAAAAUGCGCCUGGAGCCGGCUUUAUAUGGGGCCAUUUCCCUCCCCAUUAGUCUUUCCCGGUUUGCUUGUACAUCUUACCCGAGCAUCCACUGGGCGAUAGGCAUAGUAGGGACCAUUUUGUUCGGACUGGGCAACGUGCUCGUCUUCAUCACCAUGACCAACUAUAUUAUAGAUACAUACAGUCUCUUCGCCGCCACAGCAGCGCUACCAACUCCAUAG